CAUUCUAUCACUGACCGAUUUUCCUCUCCUCCUCAUCCUCAUCCGUAUUAUCCAAAGAUGCAGCUCAAAUCUAUCCUCGUCGCCCUGGCCCUCGGCCUUUCCGUCCAAGCCUACGAGAUCAAGGGUUGGACCACGAAGGACUGCAACGGCGACACUUCAGGCGAUCCCACCUCCGACACCAGUGUCACAACGUGCGGCACUCUCGCCAGCUCCAAGUGGAAGUCGAUCAAGGCCACUCCGGGUGACUUGGUUUUAACCGCCUACAAGUCCGCCAAGUGUGCCGGUGAGGGAUACGCCCUGCAGCCCGGCAAGUGCGUCAACGGCGAGUUCACGAGCUACGAGGCGCAAUACAUUUCCACCAUGCGCAAGCGUAACACCACCGAGAUCAUCGGCGAUUGGGGAGUCGAGGACGAGGAGGCCGAGCCCAACACCUCCUUGUAAACACGGACAACAUAUGAAUACGCAAUCGAAGUCAUCGAUCUCGCGCGCGCGUUACUUUCAGCAAAAUUCGACUUUGGGAUACCACUUUUAUUUGUCUACGCGAGGUACUUUGCAUCACACCCCGGGGGUCAGCUACGGUCGGCGGUCCACAUUCCAGGCCGGGCGGCGACACAAUCGCGGCCCCUAUUACGGUCCGGCACUUCUCGGGGUUCUCUUUUCUUUUCUUGUCUUCACUGUGGUCGGUUUCUAGCAUUUAUCUGUAUAGUUGCAUCUUCGGACAGGAACAAUAGAAUGUCGGUUUUUUUACAUGCACUGGAUACUUGUUGACAGAAUUCGCUGUCUAGCCAGGGAUAAGCGGAUGGGUCGUGCGUGGUUUUUCAUGCGGACGGGUUGUUUUAAUGCUGCAGGAAUGCACAGUAGAUGAUCAUGCAGC